GUUCCGCUCUUCACGCUCAGUUCUCUGUAUAUCACUGCUCUAUCUCACGCGGGCCUUGCUUUCAUCGACACUGCCAAUUUUUCCAAAAAUGCUCGGUAGCAAACUCGCAAAAGCCGGACCAAGUCUCUCUAGAUCCGUAUCCUCUGCAGUGGCGCCCGCAUCCAUUCCCAUCCUAACCGUCAAAAAGGCGAAAUCGAAGACGCCAGAGCCGAUCACACCCACGCUCGAGGAGACGCGCGACCCAUGGUCUUCGCUCUUCGACACCGUGUCCUCAAGCGUGCCUGCCAACGCGCUGUACCAGUCGAAGUGGAGUAGGAAGUCGGCAAAGACACAGCUGUCCUCUAAUUUCUUUGACUCGGCGGCGAAGGGCGGGGCGAGGCGGGCUUACUCGACGAGCGCGGGCGAUGCAUCUGGGUCAAAGUCCCCUGGCAGUCCAAGCGCCUCAUCCUCCUCUUCUUCAUCCUCGAUAUUCGCACCGGGCACCUCCCCCUGGGACCACGUUUUCCACGACAUCGCCGCCUCGCCGCCCCCGCUCGCCCCCUUCUCGCGCCACGCCCGUGCCCCGCCCUCAGCUCGCCCCCGCAGACGACAAACCAUGACCAAAUCCGAGCUCUCCGCCUUCGACGAGAUGUUCGACAUGAUAUUCUCCGCGCUCAACGACUCCCCCUCCGCUUCCCCCUCGCGCUCCCCCACCAUCGGCCUCUCCACCUCGCGCAUGCACCGCCGCUCUCUCGCGCAAGACCCCGCGGACGCCUCUACCCAAGCACUGGACCGCGCACGCGAAGAAAUGGAGCUGUGCGACAGCGACCACGUCCUCCUCCAGUACGCCCAGCGCAUCCUGCGCCCGCCGUACCCGCCGCACGGCCCGCACCUUCUCGCGCACCUCCUCCACCUGUUCGCCGCGAAAUUCCGGCAUCCACACCUCGCGCUCGCUGCCUUUGCGUACGCGCGCGACGCCGCGCCCGAGACGUACGUCGCGCUCUGCACUGCGCCCGCGUACGCCGAGCUCAUCACGAUCCAGUGGGAGCAUUUCCGCGAUUUGGGCGCCGUCAGGAGGGCGCUCGAGGAGAUGCGCGCGAACGCGGUGGACGUCGACGGGAAGGUCAGGAGGGUUGUGUAUGGGAUUCGAAGGGAUCUGGGGCAGGGCGGGAAGGACUGGGCGAUUGUCGACGGGAAGAUUUGCGGGACGGGCCCGAGGGAGAGGGAGGUGUGGGAUGUCGUGGAAAAGUGUGAGCGCCUUGUCGGGUCUUCGGGGAACCUGGGCGCACUGGACGAGUGGAAGAGCGGGGAAGGUGUGGAAGAUAGGGACUGGAAGUUUGGUUACGGAGACGAGGAGGAAGAGGGAUUUGGCGCUGUUCCAGCAUAG